AUGGGUAAUGUGAAUGUUUCUCAGCUUUUUAGAGAUGGAUUCUCUUUGCAUUCAGGCGUUUUCUUAACGGACAUACAUCUCCUUAUAUCUAGAAUGCCUGAACUGGAAAUUGUUGACUGCCUUAAUGCUAUUGAGAGGCAUCUUCUUGAAGAAAUACAGCUGUUGCAAUCUGGAAGGGGCUUAUCAGACUCCACAACAAUGUGCCAGAAACUGAAAGGUGAUCUACAGGCAGUGUUAAACGUGCUUCCAGUCGACAUGCAACAGCUUCUGCUUUUAAACCCCCAGAGAGCAGCUCUUCUACAGGGAAGAUCAAGCCCAGAACCGAAAAAACUUCCCGGUUAUCCUUCGGUUCAAGUUGGGGUUGUAUCAUCCAGUUUGCCGAGAUAACAAAAAGUAUCGCUGCGAAUCAGGUUGGCUCCGUUAUCAAGGGUCUUCACUAUGAUCCUAUAAAGCGGCACGACCCGUGAGUCUCUUUAGCUUCCUCUCCUUAUUUGGACGGAGAUUCCCUGACUUUUUGCCUAAUUGUUCAUAUAGGUGAGAGCAAACACACUUGCAACUCUGUUUUCUGUACAAUCAUGUGUCAUGCAAUUUCUUAGAAUUUUUCUUAUUCGGUUUUCCAUUUUCGAGAUGUUUGAGAAUGAGAAAC